CACUUAAGCUUCUCUGCAAUCAUAUAUGCCAAGAUUACCACCACAGCAGCAGCAGAAAAGCACAAACGUGGAGGAGAUAAAUAAGGGAGCAUGGUCUCCAGAGGAAGACCAAAAAUUGAAAUCUUAUAUCAUGAGAUAUGGCAUUUGGAAUUGGAACCACAUGCCCAAAUUUGCAGAAUUGCAGGGAGAACGGGGAAAAGUUGUAGGCUCCGAUGGGUGAACUAUCUUAGCCCUGAUGUUAAAAGAGGACCCUUUAGCAUGGAAGAAGUCGAAAUAGUCGUCAAAACCUAUCAGGAACUUGGAAAUAGAUGGUCAGCCAUUGCUGCAAGAUUGCCAGGAAGAAUAGACAACGAAGUUAAAAACUUCUUCCAUACACACUUAAAGAAGCAUUUGGGAGUAUUGAAGAGCACUACUAGGGCAAGAAGCAAUAAAAGGGAACUGAAGAAAACCAAAGGAAAUGAGAGGAAAAAUGCCGACAAACGAUCACCUGAUCCUGUUUCUUCAUCAGACAGCAGCAGUAUUAUUACAUGUGAAGAAAAUCAGAUGAUGGAUGUUACUAUGAGUUUAUAUCAAACAGACGGAGAUUGCUACAACGUUGUCGAUCAACCAAAUAUUGAGAUGGAAAUUAGUCCUGUUAUAUUGGAGAGCAACCCAGAUGAUGGUGGUACUUAUAAUUCCAACUGCCAACAACUUCAUGAUCAGUUUGAGUACUCUCAUGAGUACAUUUCCGAAUAUUAUUCCAGCUUUGACUCAAUCGACCAGUUCGAUAUGAGUUCAUUCUGGUUUGAUGAACUUUGGGAUGCCGAAACAUCUGAUUUUUUGAGAGAUGUUAUAACUAAUUAGCACCUAUGUCUCACGUCUAGCACUUUUUGGCCUUUUUUGGUAAACAAAGCCAACUAGAAAACGGGGAUCAGACAAC